CCUCCCAGUUUAAACAUCAGUAAAUCAGACAGAGAGGACGCAGAUAACCACAACAGUAGACUGUUUUUCUCUGGCCAGUAGCUUUGGAUCAAUUAAAAUGGGACUUACUUUGAUAGAAGUUUGGAUAUCUGUUAUAGCACUAGUUUCCUCAUCUGUGGGCUCUAACAUCUGCACUUCUAGAGGAGUCACUACAUGUAAAGAAUGUCUGUCUAUCCAUCCUACCUGCGCCUGGUGUUCUCAGGAGGCCUUCGCAAAGGGAGCGUCAGCUUUGUCCCGAUGUGAUCUAAAGGCCAAUCUCAUUCAGUCCGGAUGUGGCGUGAAGUUUAUCGAGUUUCCAGUCAGUAGCAUGAAGAUUCUACAGGACAUCCCCUUAAGUGACAGAGCUGGGGGCUUAGCGAGCGACAUCGUUCAGAUGCAACCACAAAAAAUACACCUGACCCUCAGGCCAGAUGAUUCACAGCAAUUCACUGUCACCGUGAAGCAAGUAGCAGAUUACCCUGUUGACCUCUACUACUUGAUGGAUAUGACCAACACCAUGAAAGAUGACCUACAGAAGCUUUAUGCUCUGGGCAGUGAUCUGGCCCGUGGUUUACGCAGUGUCACCGGUGAUCUACGCAUGGGAUUCGGAGCUUUUGUAGACAAACCUCUCUCACCUUACAUGUAUAUGUACCCCGAACAAGUCAUCAGCAACCCUUGCUAUAAAAUGGGUCAAACCUGCCCCCCGCAAUUUGGCUAUCGUAAUGUACUCGCUCUGACGGAGCAGGUGGAACGAUUUACGGAAGAAGUGAAGAAACAGAAAGUAUCCAGAAAUAGAGAUGCUCCCGAAGGAGGAUUUGAUGCCAUACUGCAAGCAGUAGUGUGCAAGAAGGACAUUGGAUGGAGGCCAGAUGCAUCUCAUUUGUUGGUCUUUACUAGUGAUGAUAGGAGUCACUUGGCUCUGGAUGCCAGACUUGCCGGAAUUGUCCAGCCUCAUGAUGGGAAAUGCUAUAUCAACAGCAAAAAUGAAUAUGACAAGUCCACUAUACUGGACUACCCUUCACUUGGUCUUAUCACAGACAAGAUAUCUGAGAAUAAUAUCAACCUCAUCUUUGCUGUUACCAGUGAAAUGGUGUCACUGUAUCGUAAUUACAGUGAGCUGAUUCCAGGCUCUGCAGUGGGAUUACUAUCAGGAGACUCUGGAAAUGUUAUUCAACUUAUUCUGGAUGCUUAUGCAAAGAUCAGAUCCAAGGUUGAGCUGGAGCUGUUGGAUGUUCCGGAUGAGUUAUCGCUGUUCAUCAAUGCAACCUGUCUGAAUGGAGAGGUCAUUGCAGGUGUCCGAUCCUGUGCCGGACUCAAAAUUGGGGAUAAGGUCUCAUUUAGCAUUGAAGCAAAACUUCAUGGUUGUCCCAAAGAGAAGAGACAAAAUUUCACCAUAAAAACAAUGGGAUUCAAAGACUCUCUUGAGGUCACUGUUGAGUUUGAGUGUGACUGCCAAUGUCAGCAGUUUUCCGAACCGGCGAGCCCCUCUUGUCACCACGGCAACGGAACUCUGGAGUGCGGCAUUUGUCUGUGCGAUCCGGGUCGACUGGGCUCUCAGUGCGAGUGUUCCGACUGGGAAUAUAAACCCAGUCAACAAGACAAGUGUAGCCCCAACCCGGAGACAGCGGCCUGUAGUGGACGAGGAGACUGUGUGUGCGGCCAGUGUGCCUGUCGCGCGAAUGAUUUCGGGAAGGUUUGGGGCCCGUACUGUGAAUGUGAUGACUUCAGCUGUCUUCGUUCUAAAGGACACCUGUGUUCAGGCAAUGGCGACUGCAACUGUGGGUCCUGUCAGUGUCACUCAGGUUGGUCUGGUGAGAUCUGUGACUGUUCGACCCGCACCGACACCUGUAUGGGGAGUGGAGGAUUGUUGUGUAGUGGGCGGGGCCACUGUGUGUGUGGUGUCUGUGAGUGCACUCAGCCAGGAGCUUAUGGGUUCACCUGUGAAAAAUGUCCCACCUGCCCAGAUGCCUGUACCAUCAAAAAAGAGUGUGUGGAGUGUAAGCACUACAAGAGAGGAGAUCUGUUUGAGAAGAACUGCAAUAACAUCUGCAGAGAUGAGAUUGUGCCGGUGGAUGAGCUGGACUUUCAUGAGAAGAACGCAGUGAACUGCAGCUACAAAGAUGAGGACGCCUGUGUGCAAAACUUCCAGUAUUAUGAAGAUGCCAGUGGAAAGUCCUUCUUGUAUCUUGUAAAAGAACCAGAGUGUCCUAAGGGUCCUGAUGUCUUGGUGGUUGUUCUUGCUGUUACUGGUGCAAUCCUGUUGCUUGGACUGCUAGCACUCUUGUUGUGGAAGCUCCUGGUCACCGUUCAUGACCGCCAUGAGUUUGCUAAGUUUGAGGAGGAGAAAGCCAAGGCCAAGUGGGAAGCAGCUAAUAAUCCACUCUACAAAGGAGCCACCACCACUUUCCAAAAUGUAACAUAUCAUGGCAAUAAAGAAUAACAUCACUAAGAGAAGUUCUCAUCCACCAAUCACAUCGGAGGGUUUCUCCAAGACUUGUGGCUGUCUUUAAAUGUUGAUUUAUGAGAUUAAAAUAUGGUACUAAAUUGUUUAAAAAUAAUAAUUUAGUGGUGCAAAGUAAGUUGCAAAUUUACUACAUCUUCAGACAUUUCACAGAUAUUCAUCUCUUAUUGAUAUUCAUCUCUUCUUACCGCUUUUCUGUCAGCUCAAGCUGAACUUUAUAAUACAUUACGAGGACAUGACAAAAUGAAAUACAGAUUUAAUGCUAAAGUUUUGCUUAGAGAAGAAUUGUACACUGUUCUGUCCUUACCACACAUUUCUGCACUAAAUACUUUUUGUAUUGCACUGUUAGUAUGCAUUUAACGUCUUAUUAUAAGAUUUUUCCUACUUGCAUCAUAAAGGUGUUGUGGAUGAUGUUUAAAGGUGCCUUAUUAUCCAUUACUCCACCCUGCAGACUUGCACAAGUCUACAAUUGCAAUACAUUUCAAACAAGUUUGAGAAAAACAGACAGGGCGUGGAGAACAUUUUUGAUGAACGUAUAGUGUGUGCCCAGAGCAUUCGAUUAAUAUCAUUAUAUCUCAUGUUUGACCGAGGUGGCAUUUAGCGGCUUUUGCAUCUGAGCUCCUCAUUUCCACAAUGUUAAAUUUAAUACUUUAAGCUCAGAAAUAUUGCUAGCUAAAAAACUGAGAAUAUAAGGAAUGAAAAUGCUUAGGAAUAUACAGUAGUAACAAAAGCAAUCAACAAGAUUUAUGGAGAUCAGUGACUGGUGUAACAGUGCAUGAGUCUGUAGCACACACACUUUAUAUGUGCUCAAAUCUGGCUUGCACAGGGAAGUGGUGCGAAAAGCAUUUUAAAAAUAAAACAAAUGACAUCUUGUGAAACUCAAACCCAAAGCUCCUAAUUAUAGGGAGAUUGUUUUUACUAAUCCUGUACACAGAGCUGUUUGUGCUGCAGUAGUUUCAUCAUAACCAUAUAUGUCAUAACAUGCUUGAGAACUUAUGACUGUAGUUAAACGUUUAUAUGUUGGUUUAUUGAAUUGUUUUAUGCAGAAAUAUCCAAUUGAUGAUUUUACACUUCACAAUAAAAACAUUAUGGAAUAAAA